GCCAAUGAUGCGCGCAGCCUUCAGUGUUGCGUAACACAUUCUGUCGGGUUCCUCUGUCCAUCAGCGAGGGUGAUGCGUGAUGUGUGAUGCUCUGCUUGGGUAAUAACGGAUGCUGAGCCUCGUCCCGCCCCCCUGCACCCCAUACGAAUGCUGCUCCAUGGUGCCAACAGACGGACAUUAUUACACGGCCGAGGAAAACAACAAACAGCCUCCAUCACUAGGGUUGAGCUCAUCACCAGUGUAGGUCGGUGUUAAUGAGCUGAUCAUGGCAAACAGGGGACCAAGCUAUGGGCUCAGCCGUGAGGUCCAGGAGAAGAUUGAGCAGAAGUAUGAUCCGGAGUUGGAGACUCGGCUUGUGGAAUGGAUUCUGGUCCAGUGUGGCGACGACUUGGAGCGGCCUGAACCUGGCAAACAGAACUUCCAGAAAUGGCUCACGAGCGGAACUAUUCUCUGCCGGCUCAUCAACAGUCUGUACCCCAGAGGCGAGGAGCCAAUUAAGAAAAUCACAGAAAGUAAAAUGGUCUUCAAGCAAAUGGAAAAGAUUUCUCAGUUCCUGCAGGCUGCUGAAGAAUAUGGUGUCACCAGAGGAGACAUAUUCCAAACUGUUGAUCUUUGGGAAGGAAAGGACAUGGCUGCAGUCCAGAGGACACUGAUGGCCCUGGGAAGUGAAGCUCUCACAAAGGAUGAUGGACAUUACCGUGGAGACAAAGAUUGGUUUCAUAGGAAAGCCAAGGUCCACAAGAGGGAGUUUUCUGAGGACCAGCUGCGUCAAGGUCGCAGUCUUAUCGGCUUGCAGAUGGGAAGCAAUCGUGGAGCGUCCCAAUCUGGCAUGGUAGGGUACGGCACCCCACGGCAAAUCAUGCGGCAUGACUCUCCUCGACACAACGGCCAUCAGAGCAAUCCCUAAACACUACAUACUUCUGUGUUUAAAACCUCCACUGGAGCCCAAAGCCAAAUCCAGAGCUCCAGAUGUAGGAGGAAUGUGUACAUGCGUGUGUGUAUAUAUAGACUCUCACACCAGUCCUAGAAUUACACACAUCAGAGAGUUGUCCCUUCACCCACAAUGCACCAGUGCCGGCUGUUAUUGUCUCUCAGGCAAGCUCCAGAGCAAGGCCAAAAUGUGCAAAAUAAAGAGUUUAAAUUUAAUAUAGUUUGAAAGAUGAAAUGUGCAUCUCUCUCUAUAGAGGUGUAGCCCUUUUAGAAUGGUAUAAACUGACAAUCUGGUACUUGAAUGUCUAAUGUCCAUUUACAAUUAUGCAUUUGGCUGAUGCUUUUACCCAAAGCAACUUAAAAGUCCAUUUACUUUUGUGUCUUGUGAAUCAAACCCGUGACAUUGGCGUUGCGAGCGCCAGGCUCUACCAGGUGGGUUGAUCGAGUGCAUGCUGUGCAAUAGGAACAUACAAAAGAAAAGUCUAUCUCUACUUAAAGCCAUAUGUAACCAAUCAGUAUUAUUGAUGUAUACUGUCUAACUAUAAAUGUUCUUGUUCCUGCUAGCUGAAUGUGCCAAACUAAUCGACUCAAGUCAUCUUAUAACGUCUUCACUAAAUGUCAUGGUUGUGCAUACAUUUCUGAUGUCACUGCAAAUAACUGAUGCUAUACAUUCCAGUGAGAAAAGAAAGAGAAAAUAAAAACUGUACUUAAGAGUCUAUAUCGAGUAAAACAUACAAAAAAUUGUGGUAUUUAUGAAAAUCAGUUUAAAUGCAGCUAUUUUAAACCUUUGUUAAUUUUAUGCAUUGACUAACAUGCAUGUAUGUGCUUCUGAUGCUAAGAUUGUACCGCAGAUUGUUAUAUUUAUUUAUUUAUUGAAGUUUAACGUUUGUACUUAAACACAGUACCCGUGACAAUCAAAACACUUUCCAUUUGUCAUGACUGAAAUGUUUGGCUGUUUAGUUCAGUGUUUGUUUUAAAUUUUGUGGUUUGAUUUUAAAUCCAUUUAUUUGUUAGAAAAAUUGAAUAGUCUUCCAUUUAAUUUACCAUCAUUUAAACAUUCCUGAUUGUUGUUGUUUUGUUUUUUUUAGUAACUGUAUUAGUUUAAAUUUAUUGGAAUGUAGUAAUUUUUUUUUUUUAUUCAAAAUUGUUUGAAACUCUUUGACUAUUGAAAAGAAAGGACUAGACAUAAGAUGAUAUUAGUCUUAAUUAUAAAAUGCGUGCAUAAAUAUCUAUAAAUUCGAUAAUUGUUGCAAAUGUAUCUUACAAUUCACUGGUAGUUGAUUAUGUGUCUGCGCAAAGUAAACUCUUCACAAGACCAUUUUGUGUUUGAAUUGGAACAUCUUUGGCAAAAAUGAUGAUACAUUUACACAAACGUGAACAGCUAUUCGCAAAUGUGCCUCAAUGUACAAAUCAUUGCACAUUCAUUUAAUUCUGAGCUUCACAGACACAAGCUGCCAGGCAUAUAAUGUAUUGGUCUGUGGUAAGAUCCAUUUGUUAUGUCUAUUGCACUGAUGGGAAAUUGUGCACGCAUGCAUUAAUAGUUUUGAGGCUGAUUUCUUUAUUACUGUGAGGUUUAACCAUUUUAGAUGGUGAUCAGUGUUACGUCAGAGUAAACCUGCACUCACACACACACACACACAGAGUGCACUUCAUUAGAGAUCAUGACCACUGGAGAGGCUUGCAUAACUCAAGGAAACCUGCUUUUAUCAAAAUGGAAAUGAGGACGCUUGCAUACCGUGCAUAUAGGUGACAGUAAACAAACUUGAGUUUAUUUCAAAACGCUCUCCUUCAGCUGAUAUACAUGUUCGUUCUGCUUACUGUUAAACAACCAAACCAUCACAAUGGCUUCACAAUUUUGUCCACACACAUCUGUCUCUCACACACUCACUCACUCACUCUCGUAACGCUCUGAAAAACAAAACAUCUGAACACAAACAAUAUUGAAACUAAGUGGAAUGAAAACAAAUAAAAACAAAACAAAAAACAA